AUGGUUCGUGCCUAUGCCAACAUGAGUCUGGUAUCCAUCAAAGCAGCCAUUGUUCUGGAUAGCGAAGGCCAUAGAGUAAUGGCAAAGUACUAUUCGUCAGAAUACCCUAAUUCCAAGGAACAGAAAACGUUUGAGCGCGAAAUCAUUUUAUUUGACAACUUGAUUAUUGUCUACAAGUCUGUCGUGGAUUUAUUUUUUUACUUUGUGGGAUCUACGGAUGAAAACGAAAUCAUGUUGAACUCUGUUUUGCAAGGAUUCAGCGAUGCUCUUUCUAUUCUGCUCAAAAGUCAAGUGGAAAAACGCACCAUUUUGGACAAUAUGGACGUUGCUUUAUUGGCUCUUGAUGAAACUGUUGAUGAUGGAAUUAUUAUGGAGACGGAUGCAUCACAGAUUGCAUCUCGUGUAACUAAACGUGGGUCUGAAGUGAAUAAUAUUCCAAUCGGAGAGCAAACCAUUGCACAGGCUCUCAAAACAGCACAAGAACAGCUUGUUAAGCGUCUUUAUACAUAA